UACAACAUAUUUUAAGAAACAGUGACGGUGUGAUGCGUUUCUCCUGUUCCUCCAGCAGGGGGCCUCUAAUGUUUAUGGGCACGAUGAGCUCUGACCGGCUGUGAUGUAGCGAGGAGAGGGGGGGCGCUUCUUUUCCCGAUCAUCCCCGGCAGCAUCAGGAGCCGGUGGGCGGUGCAGACCCCUGAAGAUAUGGGCAGCCCUGCGGAUGCUGAGCGAAGGAUGCUAUAGGCCCGGUGGACUAGCAGUGGGGAGAGGGGAGGUCAUAGUUCUUACUUCUUUUUUUAUUAUUUCUUUAUAAGACUCGAGCCGCUCGGGUGCAUCAGAAUAACCGAACAGGAAGAAGAAGAACAGAUCUCCUUUGUCUCCGAGGAAACAAAUAACAUGAAUCUAUUUUCCUUUGAGUAAAACAAAUAGAGUUUGUUCUUUCACUCUGACGUCCUGUGAGCUGAGAUUAUUAUUUUUUUCCCUCUUGAAGAGCUCUUCCUACAAACAGAUCCUGUGAGGGCAUUAAGUCAUCUGCUGGUCGCUGGGAUAAAGGAGACAAAGCGGCAGCUGCUGAGGCAGGACUAUGCGCAGGCAAACCGCGACCUGCUCAGAAUCUGCUUAUGAGUGUUUAUACGGACAUGCUGCCGGGGAGGACAUCGUGAGACAGAGAGGUGAUGCAAUUUAGUGAAAGCUGUCACUAAUGAUUUACAGCUGAGGCCUGGCUUCUGUGUGGCAGAGUUUAAUCACCGAGAGGCAUCAGAGGCCUUUGUAAACAAACACAUCUGAGCAAUCCAGAGAUACCGCUGCGUUUCUGCCGGUAGAUGCUCUUGUCUCUGACGCUCUUCCUGUGGAGGCUCUACCGACAUUUCUCCAUCAUGUUCAGCUCAGACAGACUCACAGUUCCGGAUUAUGUCAGCCGGCUGCAGAGAGGCAGGAGCGGCUCCUGCAACGACCCCAGACCAGUCUCCCCGGGCAUCAGUGCCGACGUCCAGGCGGUUUUGGACACGUCACUGCCCGCCCUGCGCUGCGCCAUCAGGAGGCUGAAGACUGGUAAAGAAACCAACGAUUCAGACGAGAUCCGCAGGGCCAUCGCGGAGAUCUUUCAGCUGGUGGAGGAGGCCUGGGUUUUGCCCGCUGUAGGCCGUCAGGUGGCCGAAGAGAUCUGCAACAGGAUCAGACUGGAAGGAGGCCUGGAGCUGCUGCUACAGCUUCAACAGACACCUGCCGUGGAAAUCACCUAUGAGUCUGCAAAGCUGCUGGAGCAGAUACUGAUCUCAGACAACAGAGAUUAUUUAGCACGAAUGGGUCUGGGGGUCAUCCUCAACCUCACUCGACGGCAGGAAGACGCACAGCUGGCUCGCAGUGUCUCGGGCAUUCUGGAGCACAUGUUCAAACACACGGAGGAGACGUCCAUCCACCUCAUCGAUAACGGUGCCCUGGACGCCCUCCUCUACUGGUGCCGGGGCACAGACCCCACUGUGCUGCGCCACUGUGCCGUGGCACUGGCAAACUGUGCCAUGUACGGAGGCCACCGCUGUCAGCGAUGGAUGAUUGAGAAGCAGGCGGCUGAGUGGCUUUUCCCACUGGCUUUUUCCAAAGAGGAUGAACUCAUUCGCUUCCACGCCUGUCUGGCUGUGACUGUGUUAGCCACAAACCGAGAAAUUGAGAAGGAGGUGGUGAAAUCUGGAACCUUGGAGCUGGUUGAGCCGUUCAUUGCCUCUUUGGACCCAGAUGACUUUGCCCGCAGCUUAUUGGACAGUGCAGAUUGCAUGCAGGGUAAGACGGCAUCUGAUCUGCAACAUCUUUUGCCCUUAAUGGAUGGCACAAGAGUGGAGGGGAAGUGCAUUGCAGCCUUUUACCUUUGUGUGGAGACCAGCAUCAAGUCUCGUCAGCGAAAUACCAAGAUAUUUCAAGAGAUCGGAGCGGUACAGAGCCUGAAAAGAAUUGUCAUGUACUCCAGUAAUGGCACAGCCUCUUCCCUUGCCAAGCGAGCUCUGAAUAUGAUGGGGGAGGAAGUGCCAAAACGUAUCCUGUCAAGUGUACCCAACUGGAAAACCUGUGAAGUGCAGACCUGGCUGCAGCAGAUUGGCUUUAAUGCCUUUUGUGAACGUUUUCAGGAGCUCCAGGUGGAUGGGGACCUCUUGCUAAACAUCACAGACCAGGAUCUGAGCAAUGAUCUGGGCAUGACUGCAGGCCUCACUCGCAAGAGGUUUUUGAGAGACCUGCGCGUAUUGAAGACUUAUGCCAACUACUCAACAUGUGACCCGAACAAUAUGGCCGACUGGUUAGCUGAGGUGGACCCUCGUUUCCGUCAGUACACAUACGGCUUGGUCCAGUCGGGAGUGGAUCGCAACGUUGUCCAGAAUGUGACCGAUCAGCAGCUGGAGCAGGACUGCCUGAUACACAACGGAGUCCACAGAGCCAAGAUACUGUCUUUUAGCCGCAGACCCUUAAAACCAUGCCACACGGACGCCCAGCCUGCCGGUCCUGACGUGUUCAUCAGCUAUCGUCGGACUACCGGCUCCCAGCUGGCCAGCCUUCUGAAGGUGCACCUGCAGGUUCGAGGAUACAGCGUCUUCAUAGAUGUGGAGAAGCUGGAGGCUGGUAAAUUUCAGGACAAACUGAUUCAGAGUGUACAGAGGGCACGCAACUUCAUCCUGGUCCUGUCCGCAAAUGCGCUCGACAAGUGCAUGGGUGACACAGACAUGAAGGACUGGGUGCAUAAGGAGAUAGUCACAGCCCUGGCUGGCAAGAAGAACAUAGUUCCUGUCACCGACAAUUUUAUGUGGCCCGACCCCAUGUCUCUGCCGGAGGACAUGAGAACAAUUCUCAACUUCAACGGCAUCAAAUGGUCUCAUGAAUAUCAGGAGGCCACGAUUGAGAAGAUCUUACGCUUUCUGAAAGGACCUCAAGACCAAAUGGACAGUCCAGGCGCCUCCAAAGGGCAGAAAAAGAAAGAAUGAGAUGAGAAAUGACACCAACGGAUCUCAGCUAUAAUAGCUUCCAGUAAUGCCAAACUCUACAUAGUCUACAGCAAACUGACAGGCUUCCCCCCCUCCGGAUCUGCCCAAAAUCAUGUGAAUUUGUGUUAAGAUUUCAUGCUCACAGAAACAAUUAAUCUAUCUAAUGUAUUGCAAAUAUAACAUUGUAUAUAAUAAACUGUAAGCCUUU